AUGAAUACGACUCAAUUAAGAAAAGCACUGAAUGAAUUGCCAGCAACUAGCUUGAUUUCAGAAGUACACGAGAUUCAAAAUUGUAUAGCACAUUUAAUAAAAUCAAAUCAUGAAAUGAGAGAAUUUGAUACAGAACAAAACGACCCUGACUUGACUCAGGCAAUAAAAGAAAAUCAAGACUUGAUUCAAAGAAAACAAGAACAAAUCAACUUGACACUUGAAGUCAUUAGAGAACGAUUGGGUGAAGCAGCAUGGCGAGAAGUAGGAAGCGACAUUAAAGCAUUUAAAGAAAAGUAUGCUCAAGAAUUGCAGUCGGAAAAAAAAGAAGAAAGAAUAGAAGACGACGGCGUGUAUUUAUAA